AUGCUAGUGUUUUUGCUCAAUGGCGAGAAUAUCCCAGACGUUCCAUUUGAUAUUGGAGAAGCAUAUGCUGGUCUUCUGCCCAUCUCUUCCGAUCCACAGGAGUCCCGCAAGCUGUACUUUUGGUUUAUGCCCUCUUCGGAUCCGCUCGCAGUAGACGAAGUUACAAUUUGGCUCAAUGGUGGGCCUGGUUGCAGUUCGCUCGAGGGCCUGUUUCAGGAAAAUGGCCCCUUUAUCCAUCAAUAUGGAACUUUUGCUCCUGUGCGGAACAUGUGGAGUUGGACGAAUCUUACGAAUAUGAUCUGGGUUGAACAGCCUGUUGGGACCGGUUUCACGCAAGGAAGUCCAAACAUUACGAAUCAGGAAGAACUUGCGGCACAAUUUUUGGACUUCUUCAAGAAUUUCCUUGAUAUCUUUGGGCUUCACAGGAAAAAGAUCUACUUGACUGGUGAGAGCUAUGCUGGGAAAUAUAUACCCUACAUUGCAGACGCAAUGUUUAAAGAAAACGAUACAAAAUACUUCGACGUUCAAGGCACUCUCAUCUAUGAUCCUUCCAUUAAUGUUGAUGAAAUUAUGGUGAGUGCGACAACCUGCCCUGUUUUAUGGGACCCCCUGGGAUUCCCCGGUAGCUUCCAGUAUGUCCCCGACGGCGCACAAAUCUACUUCAACCGUUCCGAUGUGCAACAGGCCAUCAACGCCCCCUUGACCUCCUGGUCAGAAUGCUCGCGUGGAAGUGAUCCAGUUUUUAUUAAUGGAACCGAUACGUCACCGCCACCUUCUUACAGUGUUCUACCAUCCGUCAUCGAACAGUCAAAACGCACUAUUAUUGCUCAUGGAGAUCUGGAUUUCAUACUUAUGGCCCAGGGGACUUUGCUAACUAUCCAGAAUAUGACUUGGCAUGGUUCUCAGGGAUUUACUGCUGAACCGACAGAUCCUCUUUUCGUCCCUUAUCAUACUGGCGAUCCCGUAUCGUCUCUGGCGGGGGCAGGUGUCAUGGGUAAACAUAGGACGGAAAGGGGCCUUACGUAUGCGGAACUGUUUUUGACGGGACAUAUGGGACCCCAAUAUAGUCCUGCUGCAUCGUACCGGCUUGUUGAAUAUUUGCUCGGGAGGAUUGAUGAUUUGUCGUCAUGA